CCAGCUGUGUAAGGUCGAAGGUCACCCACGUGGCAUAAAAUUAAUGUCAAUGGCUUUAUGCAGUCGUAAGAACUUCUACCCUUCUUUUUGUUGGUCGUGCAGGCAGCUAUGGAGGAGUAAGGCUGGAUUGAGGUUGCUAAGAAACAUAGGAGGUGAAUUAUCUGACAACCCACUAGCUCAUUUCGUUCGUUUUCUAUCUCCGAACACAAGUACUCUACCAGUUCGAUAUGUCCACACCUCAUCCCAGUCAUGCAGGGACAGUUCUGUAUCCACCGAAGUAGGAGGAAGCUCCAUAAAUUUCUCCACUGGGAAGUUUGCCAAACUGGCCUCAGGCUCUGCUCUAGUGGAGAGUGGGUCCACCAGUGUCCUAGUAACGGCUGUCAGUGAGUACAAAGCAGAUUCGUCAGCCAGUUGGCUACCAUUGCAGGUUGACUAUCGAGAGCGUGGUUCUGCUACUAACAAGAUUCCUCAGACCUUCUUCAGACGAGAGCUGAGGCCCUCCACUAAAGAAUACCUCGCCUGUCGCUUCAUUGAUCGCUCCAUUCGACCAUUAUUUCCGAAUGGCUACUACUACAAUACACAGAUCAUCUGUAAUAUGCUGGCAGUGGACGGUAACGAAGACCACGAGAUCCUGGCUGUCAACGGAGCAGCUGCUGCUCUCAUGCUUUCGGACAUUCCCUGGAAUGGGCCCAUCGGUGUGGUACGAGUUUGUUUAAUGGAUGGCAAGUUCUGCAUUAACCCCUCAACUAGAAAACAAAGCGCUUGCCAACUGAACUUGAUUGUGGCCUGUACGAAAGACAGAAUAGUCAUGGUGGAGGGCAGCGGAGAGGAGGUACCAGAGGACAUGAUCUGUGAGGCUGUUCACUUUGCACUCAGUGAGGCCCAACCUCUGCUAGAGUCACUCUCUGAACUGGCCCAGCAUCGUAGAGUACCAACCAGAGAGUCUCAUCUUUUCCUGCCCUCUCAGCAUGUGCUUGAUACCGUGAGAAGCUUGUGCCGAGAGCAGCUAAUGACCAUCCUGUGUACAACCACUCACUCUAAGAUGAGCAGAGAUGAGCAGCUGUUCUCGUUAUUGGAUGCCACCAAGAAAAUGUUGGCAACAGAUGAGUUGGUGGAUGUGAGCAGAGUGGGAGAUGCGUUCUGGGGCAAUGUACAUCAUUGUAUGCAGGAGCUGGUUCUGGAGAGAGGGAUAAGAUGUGAUGGUCGUGGGUUCAAUGAGCUGAGGAACAUAGAGUGUGAGGUGGACACAUUCAAGCCGCUUCACGGGACAGCUGUGUUUCGUAGGGGGGAGACCCAGGUCCUCUGCACUGUCACCUUUGACUCUCCAGGCUCAGCUGUCAAGGCAGACAUACUGCAAACAUUACUAGGUGCUCAGAAGACCAGCAGCUUCAUGGUACAUUAUGAGUUCCCGCCAUUUGCGACAAACUCUAUUGGAAACUUCAUGAAUCACAACAGGAGAGAAGCUGGACACGGUGCCCUUGCCGAGAAGGCUCUUACUCCACUCCUUCCCAAGAACUUUCCUUUUACAAUCAGACUCAACUCUCAAGUGCUCGACUCGAAUGGCUCUAGUUCCAUGGCUACCAUAUGUGGAGGCAGUCUUGCCUUGUUCGAUGCAGGUGUUCCGAUGCCCCGCCCAGUAGCAGGUGUGGCUUGUGGUCUAGUGAGCAGGACACACCCCGAGACUAGGGAGAUUGACCAGUACCAGAUCAUCACUGACCUACUGGGUAUAGAGGAUGCCAAUGGAAACAUGGACUUCAAAGUUGGGGGCACGAGAGAAGGUGUCACUUCAAUACAGAUGGAUGUUAAGAACGUUCUUGGAAUUCCUUUUCAUAUUUUCGAGGAAGCCCUAAUAAAGUCAAAAGCUGCUCGUUUCCAGGUGCUGGACAUUAUGGACGAGUGUCUGUCAGCUCCACGAGAAGAACUAAAGAAGAACAGACCAGCACAGACCGUGAUGGAGGUUGCUCCGGACAAGCUGGGUCGUCUACUAGGGGUGGGCGGUCAUCGUAUGAAAGGCGUGGCAGAGGACACUGGUACCACGUUCCAGGUUUUGGGGGAGGGUCAGGUCUCCGUGUUUGGCCCCUCCCAGGAGGCUGUCGAUGAGUUUAUAGAGAAAGCAGACAGUUUCCUCAAGGAAGACGAACAAAUUUUUGAGAUUGGCUCUGUGAUUAAGGCGAAAGUACUGGAGGUACGAGAGAUAGGACUAAUGGUGGAGCUGUCCCCUCGCGUCUACACUCUGCUGCACAUCUCCAGAAUCAGUCACGACUUUAUAACGCAUCCCUCUCAGAUCGGUGUGGUAGUGGGAGACACAGUGAACGUCAAAUACUUGGGCAAAGAUUUCCUGGGAAAACACCUCGUCUCAAGAAAAGCACUCACGGAGCCACCCCCCAAGCCAGAUGUUGCCCAGUCGAGCAUGUUCAGCGUUGGUCAGGUGAUCCAGGCCACUGUCAAGGAGCUGGUGAGCUUUGGCAUCGUCAUGGAGCUGGCCCCUGACGUCUCCGGGCUACUACACAUCAGGAACCUAGACCACGCCUAUAUUCGUCAGACCUCUGAUCUUGGGUUUAAGCCUGGUGACAUAAUCCCGGUGCAGUACAUGGGCAUCGAUAAUGUGGGUAGACACGAGGUGUCUCGUAAAGCCCUCCUCUCCACACCUCCUCAGCAGAAGAUGCGUUUUGAGCCGGGUCAGGUGAUCCCAGCAACAGUCAAGGAGGUGAGAGACAUUGGGGUGAUGUUGGAGCUGGCUCCUGACGUCAAUGCUCUACUGCACAUCAGGAACCUGCAGCAUUCAUUUGUCCGCCACCCCUCUCAGCUCGGUUUCAAGCCCGGUGACAAGCUAUCUGUCAAGUACAUGGGUAGUGACGAGAAGGGUCGUCACAUGGUCUCUCGUAAAGCACUCUUACCUCCACCUGAUGUACCUGACGCCGCCGGCAUGACCAACAGGACUGUGGUAGAGGAGGUCACCUCUACGGUAACAGAACAAUAGUUAUAGAGGAGGAGUAAUAAUUUAUUAAUUUAUUGUUUGUAUACUAUCAGCUAUUAAAUCACACCACC